UCCUUUGCUUCGUGUAUCACGAAAUGCAUUUUGUUGAUUUCAAAAAGUUUCAAUAUUAUUCUUAGGUGAAAGAAUCCACAAAAAUGUGAUUUAACACCUUAAAUCGGACACAGCGAUUUGCACAACUGAACUUGUGUCAUCACACUAGUUGCUUAAUUAGUGUGAUUAACUCAUGUAACUUCUUCUUUUCUUGUAUUUUCACCAUAAGAGAGCUCCGAGAAAGGACUUUUGAAGACACUGGCAAAGACUAAUCCAGUAUUAUUCUGCUUCUUGGAUUUUUUUCUUGGUUAGCUGAUAACUUGUGUGGAAAGAUUUUCUGGCGAUUUGGACCAGUGAUUCCCAACCAUUUUGCAGAUUCCAAGAAAAUGGCGGCCAUAACUCCAACUAGCUUUGACAUUAACAGAACAGCUGCAACUGAAGAAGACGGGCCAAAUGAUCUUUCUGACUAUGAAACAGAAAUCUUCUAUACUCGGUUGAAUCACUCUCUCAACAUCAUGUCAAUUGUCAUUUACUCUCUGGCUUUUAUCCUGGGUGUGCUGGGCAAUGGCUUGGUGAUCUGGGUAACAGGAUUCAUGAUGAAGAAAACUGUUAACACUGUAUGGUUCCUCAACCUUGCUGUGGCUGACUUCCUCUUCACAGCUUUCCUUCCACUGAGUGCGGUCUACAUCGCUUUGAAAUUCCACUGGCCUUUCGGGACAUUCAUGUGUAAGCUUAAUACUGCAGUUAGCACUCUUAACAUGUAUGCCAGUGUUUACAUAUUAAUGGUGAUAAGUAUCGACCGAUGUGUGGCUGUGGUGUUCCCUGUUUGGGCCCAGAACCACCGUAGGGUCAAGAGGGCUUCCCAUGUGAGUCUUUGUGUUUGGGUAGUGGCUCUGAUUCUAAGCAUUCCACCAUUCGUCUUCAGGGACACAGGACCGUCGUUCUUCAGCAAAGAUGUUAUUAACUGCUUCAACAACUAUGCAUUUUCUGAUGACUUCACACCCGAGUUGAAUCAGCUUCGACUGUUUCGCCAUCAGUCCCUAGCCCUGACUCGCUUCUUCCUAAGUUUUGCAAUCCCCUUCAGCAUCAUUGUCGCCUGUUAUGCUGUCAUCAUCCAUCGCAUCAGAAAGAAUCUCAACCUGGUUGGCCGAUCAAGUCGCACUUUUAAGAUCAUUGCUGCUAUUAUAAUUGUUUUUUUCCUCUGCUGGGCUCCCUUUCACAUCCUUGUUUUAAUGGAAGUAACCAGUCAUAGGCUUACAAGUGUAGAACUCCAAAAAGUUGUAAUGAUCGGGAGUCCAAUAGCCACAAGCUUGGCCUAUAUCAACAGUUGCCUUAAUCCGUUUCUCUAUGUGUUCAUGGGACAAGAUUUUAAGGAUAAAGCAUUCAAAUCAAUUUUGAGAGCACUGGAGAAUGCUUUCCAGGAGGAAGACUCUCAUGCAGAUUCAAAGACAGUUGAAACCAGUCAAGGUAAUGCAAAUAGUUAAUUAAAAAACAAAAACAAAUGAGCCCUAUCACAGAAAAAUUGCGUGACAUACAAAAAGAAGAUCAUUUUAAAAGCAAGUGCCAAAAACAUUGAUUCACCCUUUUAUCUGUAAUUGUUAAUAGAAGUAAUUUAAGAUGCAAGUCAUUUUCCAAUAUCUGAGACUCUUUUAUGCACAAGAUUGGUCACAAAUAGAGUGUGUCUUUGUUAAAGCCUCCAUGAAAUAUUUUUUAAUUUUAUUGCAAUCGCUUUUGUAACCGUUUUAUGCAAGUAUCCACCUUUCACAAUGAUUUUCCAUGCCCACUAAUAUUAGUAGCACAGAGCAAUGAGAAAAGCCUCCUGGAGUCUGCCACUUCCAGGUUCUAAACUGAGCCACAUCAAGCUUUGAGUAUAUAAAGCAUCAUUUAAAUGUAUUCAUCAGUAUUUGCUGUGGUUUACUUCUAUUGAUUUUUCCUGCAUGAUGAGUUUCUGUCUUCGUCACAUUUUUUUCACGAUCGUUUCACUGGAAGCCACCUUGUUCGGCUUGCUUGCCGCCAGGAGUAGGCCGUCUAACAUUUAGGUCAACUUUGGUUUUUGUCAAUGUCCUAUGUCGAUGAUGAUAUUUAGCCCUGAUGUCAUAGAUGUCACAGCUAAACACGUAUUGCACAGGUGAAUGACGAAUCAUUUUAUCACAGCAGGUGGAUCUCAUGUGAUGUACAGCACUUUGAAUUGCCUUGUGUUGAAUUGUGCAAUACAAAUAAAUUUGCCUUGCCUUGCAUUGUGAGCGUAUCGGGA